AGUUUUGUAAACGAAGUGCACUAGCACUAGUGUGUAAUCUGCUGUGUUUAUGCUCUGUGUAGGUCCCUGCUUUAGAGAGGGAACAUGCGUUUGGGAUUUAGAUUGUGAAUAAAAACACGGGGAGUCAUGAAAUCCGAUGUGGAGGAGUUAAUGCCCAGAAUUUUACCCAUGGAUCUCUGUGAUGGAGACGAGGAGGAAUAUAAUCUGAACGAACCACCAAGAAAUCCGAGGGAGUAUCUCAGACAGGUCCAAAAGGAAGCGUCGCUUUGCCCGGAUGUGGUGGUGGCUCAGAUUGACCCGAGGAAACUGAAGAAAAACCAAACUGUAAACAUUUCUGUGUCGGAAUGUCGUGCUGCACCGCAGGGUUUCUCUCCCAGCUUUCAGUGGCAGCAGCAACAAGUCAGCACCUUCUCCCAAAUCCGACAGAGCGUCUCCAAACACCGGCAGCACUGGAAAGCCCAGUUUCUGGACGACAAUGUUGUCAUGCCCAAAGCAGAUGAUGAAGAGGGAUGGAAGAGAUUUUGUUUGGGUGUAAAUAUUUAUCUGAACGUUACACAAAGUGACGGAGACACAUACAGUCCGGGACUUGAUUAUGAGAAGCUGGGCUUCCCUCCGUUCCUCAGCAUCGUCAGCAAACUCGCCCAGUCCACCGUUUUGUCCGUGCUCGAGUUCCUGAUCGGCUGGUUCGAGGGGAACGACUUCGUUCCACAGCUGGGCAGAUGGCUUUACGCUUUACUAGCAUGUCUUGAGAAACCUCUUCUCCCCGAAGCACAUUCACUCAUCAGACAGCUGGCGAGGAGAUGCUCUGCAGUACGGGCUCACCUGCUGGAUAAAGAUGACGAGCGUUUAUCAGCACUGAACCUGAUGAUCUGUAUAGUAGCGAGGUAUUUUGAACAAAAUGAUUUGGCUGAUCGAGAGUGAAGACGGAGCUGAAGAUCACGCCUGAGCUUCCGGACUCCACUUUUUCAUGUUCUGGAAACUUUUCUAUUGUUUUGUUUAUAUGGACGAAAUUCAGAAUAUUUUCUGCCAUGCAGCCUUCAGUGUCAGUGUUUUUUGUUUUUUUUGUCAGUAUUCUGGAUCUCAUUCAAAACCGAGGGAUUAAUAGAUACAUGUGUAAAUGUAAAAAAAAUACAAAUAAAAUUUUUUGAAAAGAAAAAUACAAAACAAGAGUUGUACUGAAAUAAACUUCGGGUUUUCUUUUUUA